AUGGCAAAGCAGAUCCAGAGCAAGGAUGCUGCUCAGGAAGCCUUGAACAGUGCAGGAGGUAAACUUGUAAUAGUUGACUUUUCCACCACGUGGUGUGGGCCUUGCACAAUGAUCAAGCCCUUCCUUCAUGAUGUUGCUGCAGAGUAUAAAGUUAAAUGCAUGGCAACCUUCCAGUUUUUUAAAAAAGUACAAAAGAUGGGUGAGUUUUCUGGAGCUAAUAAGGAAUAACUUGAAGCCACCAUCAAUGAAUUAAUUUAAUAAUGUUAACCAGCCAUUGGCUCCUGUAAUUUUUUUUAUUUAUAAAAAAAGAAAAUAGAUAAGGUAUAGAAACUACCGGUAUAUACUCAACUACCAUCAGAUUAUAAAUGACAAUAAAAUAUUCAUUCUAUCCCUUUUUAAAAAAAA